AUGACCGGCUUCAAUAUAUUCACGAUUCGCCCGGCCCCUUGGGACCCCAGCAAGAACCUGGUACACCCAGCAGGGUAUCCAGUCGAAGCACCUCCACUCUAUUCCAUCACCGCAUCAAAGCACGGCAAGCCAAACGUGUUGGUAUUCUGCGGCUGGGGAGUCGGUCCUCAUGACGCCAUCGGCGAUGGAAAAUACCCCAAGGGCUUGCACUCUACAUGCCACUUGACAAUGCGUGGCCAGCCCGUAGAAAUGCGGACGAGCCAAUCCGGAUCCGGUGAUUUCAAAUUCGACCACCCGACAAUGGGUCAUAUGAGGUGGAAAGCCGAUAUGUUUUCGAGCAGCAAGAUGGAGCUACGCGAUGAAUCCGGGAGGCGUAUGGCCACUUUCGGCAAAGGAAAGAUGGGAGAGAAGACAUUAGAAGUGAUUCCUGGUGACCCUUAUUUCGUUGAAUUGGUGCUGUUGUCCGGGAUAACAGCAAUCAGUUUAAAUAAGGGUAUCACGGAAUCUGCUGUUGAGGCUUUCAGUACAAUUGUGGGAGCCUGA